AUUCCAUGCUACUUCCUCUUCAUUUCAGAAAAUUAAGGAGCUUGAUCACCCUUGAUGGCUACUCUAUUUACCACUUCCUGUGCUUCCUCUUCUUCUUCUUCAAGAGUACUUGGCAAAAACGCAUUUUAUAUACCUUCUUCGCCGUCUUUUUAUUCUUCUUCAUCCAAACUCCCUUUUGGCCAAAAGACCAAAAUUUCGUGCAAAAGAUUGAAUCUUUAUGUAAAAGCCGAGAAUAAAAAUGAACCCUCUUCCUCAGCACCCUCUGUAGCUGUAGAAGAGCGUAUUAAUGAGGAAACAGAGAAGAAGGAUUUGCAUAUUGGAAAUGAGAUGAGUAAAGAAAGUGAAAAUGAGGCCGAGGAAAAGGAGAAAGAGAAACAGCAAGAAAUGGAUUGGAAAACAGACGAGGAGUUCAAGAAGUUCAUGGGAAAUCCCUCUAUUGAGGCUGCAAUAAAGCUUGAGAAGAAAAGGGCUGACAGGAAGCUUAAAGAGCUUGGACGAGAAACAAGUGAUAAUCCACUUGUGGGGUUAUUUAACAAGUUGAUUCGCGACAGUUUGUCGAGAGAAAAAGAGAGGUUGGAGCAAGCAGAGGAGACUUUCAAGGCUCUUGAUCUUAACAAGUUGAAAACCUGUUUCGGAUUUGAUACCUUUUUCGCUACUGAUGUCAGAAGAUUUGGAGAUGGUGGGAUUUUUAUUGGAAAUUUGAGGAAACCCAUUGAGGAAGUAAUUCCCAAAUUAGAGAAGAAGUUAUCGGAAGCUGCAGGGAGGGAGGUUGUGGUGUGGUUUAUGGAGGAAAAAACAAAUGACAUUACAAAACAGGCAUGUGUGGUGCAACCUAAAGCUGAGAUGGACCUCCAGUUUGAGUCAACCAAACUAAGCACUCCUUGGGGGUAUGUUAGUGCAGUAGCUUUAUGUGUUUCAACCUUCGGGACGAUAGCCUUGACGAGUGGUUUCUUCGUCAAGCCUGAUGCCACAAUUAAUGACUACCUGAAUGAUGUUGCGCCUCUCUUUGGUGGCUUCUUGACCAUUUUAGGAGUUUCUGAGAUAACCACGAGGGUAACAGCAGCCCGUUAUGGUGUUAAACUUAGUCCAUCUUUUCUAGUCCCUUCCAACUGGACUGGAUGCCUUGGGGUUAUGAAUAAUUAUGAGUCUCUUUUACCAAAUAAGAAGGCUUUGUUUGAUAUUCCAGUAGCACGAACGGCAAGUGCGUAUCUGACAUCAUUGGUUCUUGCGAUUGCUGCGUUUAUAUCUGAUGGCAGUUUUAAUGGCGGUGACAAUGCAUUGUACAUAAGACCCCAGUUCUUUUACAAUAAUCCGCUUCUUUCCUUCAUCCAAUACGUUGUCGGGCCAUAUACUGAUGAUCUUGGGAACGUGCUACCUUAUGCAGUUGAAGGUGUGGGAGUUCCUGUUGAUCCCCUUGCAUUUGCAGGGCUUUUAGGUGAGUUUCUUAGCCAAUGUCGUAUAUUUUGUCUUCUUGUUUCAUAACUGGGAAGAAUGCUUGACUGUGUUAAUUGCAUCCACCGCUGGCUGAAUUUAAAAUCGUGCAUUUCGAAGACUUAACCAGAUAAUCUUGAUUCAAUUAAAGAUUUGGCUCUGAUUGACAUGUCCAAUUAAUCAAAUAUCCCAUCUCUAGCCUCGAGUAUCUGCUUUCAUCUUGUUGUGAAGAGUUCAAAAUGCACUUUUCUGUUUUCUUGACGUGCGCCAUAACACGGAUAUGUACAGGACUGUUGCCUACUGGGGGACAGUGGAUGGACCAUGGACCUCAUCUUUCUCCUUAUUUGUUUAGAUAUGCUAUCUUAAUUUUUGGAUUAUGAUCCUGGAACCUAAUUAUAAUGUGGACUUAUCUCAUCAAUCGACCUAGUUACAUACUCUAUAUAAAGGAGUAAGAGGGGGCUUU